GGGAAUUGCAGUCCCCGCUCCGCUCUGUCCCGUCACAGGACUUUUUGCCCUCUGUUCCUGGGUCCCUCAGGCGGCCACCCAGUGGGCACACUCCCAGGCGGCGCUCCGGCCCCGCGCUCCCUCCCUCUGCCUUUCAUUCCCAGCUGCCAACAUCCUGGAAGCUUUGAAGCUCAGCAAAGAAGAGAAAUCCAUUGAGAACGGUCUGUAAAGGUGUCCUGGGAAUACCUGCCUGCUUAGACUUCCUGUAAAAGCUCUGUGCAUCCUGCCACUGAGGACUCCAAAGAGGCAGCAGUCUUCUGAAAGACUUCAGCUGUGAGGACAUGUCGUUCAGAUUUGGCCAACAUCUCAUCAAGCCCUCUGUGGUGUUUCUCAAAACAGAACUGUCCUUCGCUCUUGUGAAUAGGAAACCUGUGGUACCAGGACAUGUCCUCGUGUGCCCGCUGCGGCCAGUGGAGCGCUUCCGCGACCUGCGUCCUGAUGAAGUGGCUGAUUUGUUUCAGGUGACCCAGAGAGUCGGGACAGUGGUGGAAAAACAUUUCCACGGGACCUCUCUCACCUUUUCCAUGCAGGAUGGCCCUGAAGCUGGACAGACUGUGAAGCACGUUCACGUCCAUGUUCUUCCCAGGAAGACUGGAGACUUUCACAGGAAUGACAGCAUCUAUGAGAAGUUUGCUGAGAAUGAUGGUUUCCAGCUUCAUCCAUGUCCCUGCAAAAGCUGCAGAAACAUGACAAGGAAGAGGAGGACUCCCCAGUCUCUUGGAGAUCAGAGGAGGAAAUGGCAGAAGAAGCUGCAGCUCUGCGGGUCUACUUUCAGUGACACAGAUCCUGAAUUCCAGCAAAAGAGCUAAUACCAACCAGUUUGAAGAUCCCCCUCCCCACGAGGAACUGAAUCAGCAUGAAAAUGCAGUUUCUUCAUCUCACCAUCCUGUGAUUUCAUCCUGUAUUCUUUAAUCAAUGAUCCCCUAUCUCGGUCACUCCAACCCCCUUAAAAUACCUAAGACCUAAACCGCUCAGACAGGCAGAUUUGAGGUUUCCCCCUGUCUCCUUAUUCGGCAGCCUUAUGAUUAAACUUCCUUCUCUGCUGCAACCCUGUGUCUCGGUGUAUUGACUUGCCAUGCAUUAGGCAACAAACCUAUUAUAGUAAUUUUUUAAAGGAAAUUCAA